AUGUCUGCUCCGCCUGAACAAACUUCUGUGUUCAUUCCGAUCCACCUUCUCGAAUACCUAGUUGUGGAUACCUCUACAAACAAGAUCGAAACCGCCUUUAUACUUGAAAAAGCAACCUCUGACGAGCUUCAUGAGUUCAUUCAAGCAUUCAAACCAAAUCUCAAAAUUAUGGCCCCAGAAAGAGACAAUCCCAAAUUCUUGAAGAAAGUCUUCAUCGAAAUGGUGGCACCUGUUCUCAACAACUUACUUCCCUCCGAACUGACGACGAAGCACUACAUUCAAGCUCCAUUGCGUCAUCCUAUUUCAGGAGUCCAAGAGUCUCCGAUCAGAUUAACCUAUCAAGACGAGAUCAAUUCCGAACGUGCCACCGAGUUUAACAUCCGGGUUCUACAAUAUCUUAGGUCCGGGCAAUAUUAUGUUGCGGAAGAGCACCUCUUGACUUUUAUCAAACAAUACAAUUUCCUCAACGAGAACGAGAUUUCUGAAAUCCAAUUCGCAAAAGAUAAGACUCGAGCUCUAAUUCAAGAACAGGUGACCAAUCUGCGAACAGCCUAUCAAAAAAUGGAGUCGACUAAGAUGCAGUUGCGACAAGAGGUUUGCAGUCAGUUUCACACAGUUCUCAGAAACAGGAAGGCGGCUUCCGAGGCCACCGUUGAGCAUCACCUGGACAUCCUGAACCAAGUGGUGAAAGGCAUCGGAUUUUUGGACGCAUUGGAAGAGUAUCAUAAGAGCUUGAAUGGAGUACACAAUCCCAUUAGUCCACCAUCUCCGAAAUCAAUGAAUCACACUUCUCACUUCACUACGCCAACAAACCGCUCUCCUCAACUGAUGGCUUCAGAGGCUCCUUGUGAUCAGCCAAUUUAG